UCCCUGGGCGCAGGACGGUCCCUCGGUCUCUUCAUGUUCUUCCUCCCGUUGUUUGUGUGGGUCCCCUGAGAGGUUUGCCUGAGGUUCCCGGGAGGCUGCUGCUGUGUGCCCCAGGGCGAGCUUCGGCCCUCUCUGUGCCUUGGUGCUCAGGGCUAGUAACCCUGUUUUCCUGGAUAUGCAGGAUGAAGCCUUCAGGCUCCCUCCCCUCUCACCACCUUAGGAUCCGCGCCUUAAGACCCAGCAAAUGGGGGCCGGGCUGGGGCUCAGCGGCAGAGCGCUCACCUGGCACGUGUGAGGCCCUGGGUUUGAUUCUUAGCUCCACAUAAAGAUGAAGACAUUGUAUCCACCUAAAACUAGAAAAUAAAUUCUAAAACAAGGCAGAACGGGAUGACACCAGUGGGUGGCCCACACCUGCCCUCCCAGCAGCUCAGGAGGCCGAGGCAGGAGGAUUGCGAACCUCUUGGGAGGUUGAGGCAGGAGGAUCACGAGUCCAAAGCCAACCUCAGCAAUAGCGAGGCCCUGAGCCGCUCAGUGAGACCCUGUCUCUAAGUAAAAUGCAAAACGGGGCCGGGGACAGCUGAGUGUCGCCUCCCGAGUUCAGUCCCCCCGUCGACAAACAGAAAAGCACAGCAGCCUCCCCCAGGCUUCAGGAGCUCAAGGUCCAAAACGGGAGGCCAGGGCUGGCCCCCCCGAGGCCCCGAGACGGCACAGCGUCCUCAGCCUCUCUCUGGCCCUCCUGCCCCCCUCAUGUGGACCCUGUGGUGACACUGGGCCCCGACGACCAGGGUGACCCCACCUCAAAGCCAGCUGUUAGCAGCCCCAUCUCACCAACUUGGCGCCCCUGGCUGAGCCGGGCCACACUCGCAGGCCCUGGGGACGGUCACAGACAUCUUUGGGGCCACUCUUCUGCCCACCCCGUGGACAUCCAUGCCCCCUGCCCCACGCAGGCGAUGUGGGUGGCCCUGGCGCCCGGAGCUCGGUGCCAGCCUGGAACCCAAGGACAGCCCUGGGACCGGGGUGGGAGGCUGGGAGGGCCCAGCUGGGCCACUGGGGUGGACAUCCCUGACUGGACACUGUGACCUGCUCCGGCCCCUCAGCCUCUUCUGACCAGCCACUGCGCGCCCCUCGGACCCCAGCAGUCAGGCCCCGUGAAACAUCUCAUCACCAUGUCACGCGUCAGGCGCAGGCCACGCUGCGGUGGCCACACUGCGGUCCCCGCGGCUCGGAGGCUGAGGCAGGAGGAUGGCCAGUUCACGGCCAGCCUGGGCGACUCAGCGAGGUCCAACCUCAAAAUAGAAAUGGAAAGCACCUUGGCCUCCGAGCGCCCCGGGCCCGCUGGCCAGGCCUGGCCCUCGGGGGACGAUGCCCUGGCCUGGGCCUCCAGCCCCAGGGGAGCACCUCCGGGCCUGGCCCUCGCCCAGAUCCCAGCCAGGCGGGGACACUGGCCGGGACACCUGCCCCAGGGUCUGGAGGGGACACAGCAGGCGGCCUCGUCCCCCUGCCCUCUCCACCUGGGACAGCAGGACCACCGUAGCACCCAGCCUCGCGCAGCCUGCAGGCCGCGGUGCCCCCGGGGCUCUAGUCCUCGCCUCCCAGGUGCCGGCCGGGGACAGUGGAGCUGGACCCUGAGCCGGGAGGAUGAAGCAGGCCGAGGCUGGGGAGGUGGCCUCCAGCUAGAAAUGCCUCCACAGGCCGGGAGGGGGGUGCUCAGGUGACGGGGGCCAUCCCCGACCUUCCCCAGGGACGGGCACCGUGCUCAGGCUGCACAGCAAGCACGUCCCUGCCCUGUGGGGACGCCGCCGGCAGGACCCGGGGUCCGGCCGGGGUGAGGCUUGGUGUGUGCUGGAGCAGAUCCCUGGCUGCUGGCCCCUCGUUCUGACCACAGCUUCCCGUUGGUGGCUCCUGCAUGUCCACAUCUUCCAGAGAUGGACGCAGAGACAGGAAGAGGGACGAGGAAAUCUGCUCAGAACCCACAUCUGGAGCAGAAGCAGUCAAGGCUGGCGGGAGCCGGAGAGAGCAGCUCUGCUCAGAGCCCCCCCCCGACGUGUGUGGUCCCCUGCAAGUGCCACCGUCCUUCCCGCAGCACCAUGAGCGGCCCUGAGCCAGGCGCCGAGAACCCGGAGUCCGCCCACCUGCCCUGGUCAGCUCAGCCCAUCUAUGGCAACCUCGGGGAGGUGCGUGCCCACCUGCUGCCCUCUAAGGCCUGCCGCCCCCGGACUCCCAGGUCCCUCGGGGCGCUACAGCUGCAGGGAAGGCCGUCCAGGGGCCUCUCCACCCACCCCCUGCACAGCCCCGAGGCCGUGCAGGCCGCACUGGCCGCCCGGCAGCUGGACGCCCUCCGUGACAUCCACGCGCGGCUCCGAGUCCGGCUCAUGGGUGGCCGCCCGGGCCCCUGCCUCCCGGGCCACAGCUUCCGCCUGCUGGACAGCUUGCCUUGCGUGGAGAGUGGGGAGGCCCUCUACUACCGCGUGGUGCGCAUGGACGGGGUGGCCUGGCACGUCCUGGCUGCCAAGGUGCCCAAGCCGGGAGCGACCAUGCCCCACCCAUGGGGCGUGGAGCUGCAGGCCUCGUUGCCUCCGCACUUCAACCUGCAGGGGCUGUGUGGCUUGGUGCCCGAGGGCGCGCUGCCGCUGGCGCCCUGGAGAGGUCCCGCGGUGCUGGCCACGGAGGUGCCAGAGCGUACAGUGGCGCAGUGGCUGGCAGAAGUCAGCGCACAGCGGCCGGCGGAGUCUGCGUGGGAGGUGGCCCUCUUGUUCCUGCAGCUGAGCGCCGCCCUGGAGCGCCUGGAGGCGCAGGGCGCGACCCUGCUGGAGCUGCGGCCAGAGAACCUGCUGCUGGCGGCGCCGCGGGGCUGUGGGGCCCCAGGACCCCCGCGCCUGCUGCUGGCCGACUUUGGCUGCGUCUGCCAGCUGCCCCAGGGAUCCCUGGGCGCCCAUGCGCUGCAGAUGGGUCGCCUGCUCCGCACACUGCUGGGCCCGGCCACGCCCUCGGCCACACCGGUGGCCGUGGGCCUGGAGCGCCUGGUAGCCCAGCUGCCCCGAAGGCGGCCCUCGGCGGCUCAGACGCGGGGUGCACUGCAGACACUGCUCUGGGGGCCGGGGCUUGAGCUGCGUGGCCGCGGGGCACCGCUGGGGCCCUGGCUGCGGGUUCGCCGCGCGCUGCUGGUGGUGCAUCUGGCGGAGCGCGCUGCAGGCGGGGAGGCGCUGGGCCUGGAGGACUGGCUGUGCUGUGAAUACCUGGCCGAGGCCACGGAGGCCUCGCUGGGCCGCGCCCUGGAGCUGCUGUGGGACUGACCCCAAGGAAGAGUGCACACCUACCUGUCUCCAGGCCUGCUGGAGAAGCAGCACCCCCUUCCCAGGACUGGGACAGGGCCAGCAUCGCCAUCAGAGUGCAGGAGGCCAGCAACCAGCACAGAGUGUUGCUCCCACCUGGGCGGAACUCACCUCCCCAAAGGCCCCGGCCAAAAAGUCCCAACCCAUAUCUCUAAGCAAAUAAAGCGCCUCCCGGGCCCUUGCUAGCUUC